CUGGCCUCUAUGUGUCUCUGUUUUUUUUUACUCACUCCGAAAGCUGUGAGUAAAAAUGAACAAUAAAAGAAGCAGAGAGCAGUUCAUGAAAAUAAGGAAGUAAAUGCUGCUGGACUGGAACCGUAGCUUUACCUCUGUUGUUUAAAGAGAAAUGUAUCAGGUAGCAGCUCCGUGACAGAAUUAUAAGAACGAUUAGGCUAAGGAAGUUAGCGCUUAAGCUAACUCCUCAAUAGACACAUUAUUAUCGUAAAGCAGCCCAUGUACACAGAGAGAAAAGUGAGAGGAAGACAAGGACAAAUAUUCCAGUCACGAUGGAUCACAAAGACGAAUCCCUGGCGGGAGCCACGGGGUUGAGUCAAGAUGAUUUGCCACAGAUGGAUGGUUCCUGUGAUGCAUGUGAGCCUGAUGAAGCCCAACCAGCGACGCACGUGUGCCACAUCUGCAGCUUUGCCUUCUGCCCGAUUCAUGCUGACCGACAUUCCAGCAGCACACGGCACCCCUUAAUGCCUUAUAACAAUGAAGGUGCUCAGGCCUGUGGUCUGGACACAGACAGUGACUCCAGAGUCGAAGGUGCAGCUGAGGAUGGAUCUGGUGAAAAGAGAGCAGCUCCAGUGGGUGAAAAUCAGGAUCUGGCAGAGGGUGGUGAGGGUGUGGAUGCAGACGAAGAAAAAAAUGUCCCGAAUGAAGGAAAAGAUGGGGAAGAGGCUGAGGCUGUGGCUGCUGGAGAGGCAGGGAAGAGGGACACGGUCACAGUGGAGAGACUGCGGUGCAAAGAGCAUGGCCAGGAAGGCUCCCUGUACUGUAAACCAGACGAGCAAAUCAUCUGCGUGGUUUGCGCUGUGCAGGGCGAGCACAGGGACCAUGAGAUUAUCACUCUGCACGAGGCCUAUGUGUGGCAAAAGAGCAGGCAGGGUCACGACCUGCUGGGCUACACACAGCAGAUGGCUGAAAACGUCAAGACCAAGUGGACUAACCCCGAGAUGUCUACAGAGGAACUGGAAGAAUAUGUCAGCGGCCAGUUUGAUGAGCUCCGCAGGUUGGUUCGACUGGAGGAGAGACGAACGCUUCACCUGGUAGACCUCAAAGAAGCUUUCCUUACAGCAUCGGCUGCAGAAAAAAUUGCUGAGAUCACCCUCGAAACCGAAAAGCUGCAGGAGGAGAUGGAUAACAUCACACACCAGCUGUGCCUGCUGGAACAGGCUGAGGCUCAGGCAGUAGGUCCUGCAGUGGUGGCAGAGGUCCUGGCAGCGAGGCCUGGACCAGUCCACAGAUUACUGCACGACAUGGAAGCCAGGCCAAGGGUGCCGGAGCCAAGAGCGAACCCCAUGGACCCACGGGACCUUGAAGACAAUGAUUCUGGACCAUCCAUGGACCACGCCCCGUGAUGUGAGCGGACCAGACUCCUCAUGCGUCUACCUGUCCUUGACGAUUUGCUUCAGCCUGCCAUCAGCCCAGCUGAGCCGUCAGGCCGGCCCCUUCUCUGUCAGUCAUUUUCACCCACCACUCCCCGCCUCCCCUCCCUUCCCUGGCAGUGACCUUGAGAGGAGGCUGCGGUGACAAAUAUGGACGGCCACAGCUAUUUCACACUCAAACUUUUUUCCUGAUUUCUCACUUGCUACAAACUUUCUUUAAUUGAAGCACUGAAGUUAUGUGCAAUCAAUUACCAUCAGGCUCAAUUUUCACAGCCAACCAGAUACGUGGCUCACUGGUGAGCCUGGCUGAUUCAGAGAGGAGUUUGGGCAAGCAGCUGUGAAAAGCAGCUGUUGAGCUCAACAGAUGUUAGAAAAACAAAAGUAUGUGAUGCGGUGAGUUACACUCCUCAUUUAUUUGGAAUAUAAUUAUGGUUCUGCCGUUCAGCCGUUUAUCCUCAAGAGAUUUUAUUACGUGUAGUGGUGCACUGAUAGGGCUUUGACUGGCCGAUACCAAUCUACAGUUUACUUUGAGGUCUGGCCUCCUGGUUCCAAUUUUUGACCAUUGCUGAUUUUUUUUUUUCCCUUUUAGGAACUAUAUGCCAUAGAAAAGAGAGCAAAAUUAAAAAUGGGCUGCUCUUUCCGAAUUUAAGGAAUUCCGUGAUACAUGUUAAUGGGGACAGCUAUUUACAUUCACUGUUUAAAAACUACAUUAUCCUUUUUUUAACAAUGAUUAACAAAAUUAUUUGUAUUUGCUAAACAACAUUGUAGUGUCCACUUCCAAAACACUUUGUCCUUAGUCCAGUUUGUAACUAAUUCGCCAGUAUCAUUAGGGUUCUUGUCCAGUUGGAAGACCUAUUUGAGCCCAAGCUUUAGCUUCUUGGACGAUGUGUGGAGAUGUUGAUUUAGUAUUUCCAUCUCAUGGUCUUUCUCCCGUCUUAUGUUGUGAAAUGUACCACUCCCCACUGCAGUUCUCACUCAACAGCAACUAGAAGAUACAUGUCUCUGUGCAUAAUAUCAUACAACAAAGCAGCACAUUUGAGAUGUUGCCUUAAAAUCCAUCCACAUGUUUGGCUCUGUGUAAUUCAAAUGUUGUCAAUUAUCCGGAAGUUUACAAAGCCUUUAUAUCAUCAUCUGGGGUUUCCUAAGUGCUUGAAAGGUCUUUAUACCUUUGUGUAUGUAAACUACAGAACUUGAAGAGAUUAACAAAGAAUAUAAAAAAAAAAAAAGCAAGUCUCUAGAUAUUCUGUGAUUUUAAAAAUUUGAUGUUUUAUAGUUUAUGUAAAAAAAAAAAAAAUUCUUCAGCUGUGACCAUCAAAGUGUGUGUCCCUUAGAGGCCUGGGCUGGUUUUCAUUACCAAAUUAUACCAAGGUUAUAAAAGUUGUGGUUUCCAACUGCUAACAUUUUCCAGCACCACCAUUCAAACUGUUUCAAGUCAUUUUGUUUAGCUGCAAGACAAAGUGCGACAGGAACUGGAGUACUGCCCCUACCUGCUGCUGUUCAGCUGGCUGAAAAGAGGCUCUGUCUCCAUUUCCUUUCUUACAAAAACAGAUGAAUUUGGCAGUUUGGAAACGUUUCCAAUCAAACUCUGGGAAGGUAAAUGAGCACCAACAACUCCUGUUAUUAAGCAAAGCGCAGUUCAGAGUUGGGACAAUUCUCACUGACUUAUAGUUAAUGAUCAAAAUUAUUCUGUGAGAAUUUAGAUGAUAGAGAUGUUUUGUUAAAAAAUAUUUUGUGAAUACAAUUAAGCCAUGAUGUUUGUGUUCAGGUUUAACAUAACAUGAGGAUUUUAGCCCAGCCCAUGUCCUACUCUUACCUUUCAUCUGAUUUUUAAUUGAAACACAAAAGUAAUCCGUGUUCAUGCUGUUUGUUGAUGCAUCUGUAAUUCACAAAGGUGAAAGUUCUUAGUUGUUAUUCAUUUAAUUAACUGGCACAAAGGAGUUUUGAUCUCUGGCCAGUUUUACGUUCAUCUGUGUACAAGGGUGGUAUUUUGAUUGAAAUAGGGGAAAACAAAGCAAAAACAAACAAAAAAAAAGAUGAUUUGUUCUGUGCCAUACUGUGGCCUUCACUUCUACAUUUAAAAAAAAAAAAAAAGUUUUCAGAUUUGUUCACACUUCUUCUUGUUUUUCUUGGAUGACUUAUCAAAAUCAAGGUGUAUUCUGACACCUAUUGAUUGGUAAAAGUUGCUGAAUCUUUAAAAGAAGCGUCUAUUUAGCAAAAGCAGCCUUUCUGCAUUUACCAGCUUCAUGUGUACUAUAAAGUAAAGGCUCAUUACUCUCGACCCGUCAGCAGCGUAUGACGGAUUGCAGUCCAAAGAUCCGAAUGUACUUUCUACCUUGGCCUGCUGAGUUGCAGCUGUCACUCAUGACGCAUUGCCACAGUUUUGUGUUCAUAUCGGCAAUUUGUUUUUGUUUUUUUAUUGUGAUUUAUUCUGUUGCCUUAAAAUCGGAACUGAAAUGCUGUCAUUAAUGAUAUUUGGGAUGGAUUUCAAAAUCCUUUUCUCACUACAGUAGUGCUGCUCAGAAAUGUACUGAAGUUGCAUACCUACUCAAGGGAUUUGUUAAUGUGUCAAAAGCUGAUUGGAGAAAAAAAAAAAAAACAAAAAAAAAAACAGCAAGAUCUAAUUCUGUAUUCUUAUUGUGACAGCAGGCAGGAGUCUGACUGUUUACUUCUGUUGUAAUUUGUUUUGGUUUUAAAUCUAUAAAUAAACAGUCUACUUCUUUAGGCUGGAGGUAGAUGACAUUUAUGUUUCCAUUUUAA